UGAUAUCUUCCUGUUUAAAAGCCAACCUAAGUUCACAUCUUUCUUCCCAUGCAAACUUUGUCAUCAACUUUUGACCUCUACAUUAAUCCUCUUAAUCUAUCGUUGAACUCUUUCUUUGUGACCGAUCGAUAAUGUCUAGCAGAAGAUCUCGCUCUCGGCAAGCUGGCACGUCGACGAUUAACGACGCCCAAAUGGCUGAUCUAGUUUCCAAGUUACAACAACUUAUUCCUCAUGACAUUAAUCAAACUAAGAGUUCCAAGGUUUCAGCUUCAAAGGUGUUGCAGGAGACAUGCAAUUAUAUUAGAAGCCUGCACAGAGAAGUCGAGGACUUAAGUGAAAAGUUAUCAGAGCUUUUGGACUCCACAGACACCAACAGUGCUCAAGCAGCCAUUAUUAGGAGCUUACUUAUGUGACCUAUAUAUAUUAUAGUAGCUAAUUAUUACAACAAUACAUUCUGAUUCUGUAUUAGUUAAUUUAAUCAUAUAAUUAAUAUGCAUUUCUUCCUAAUUACGAGUAGUUUUUCUUCUGGGCCAGGUUUCUUAUUAAUCACCGGCCAUGCAUGUAUUACUAUAUACUUCUACCAUAUUUAAUACUAUAUAUAUUUUGGUUA